AUGACAAUCGACUUUUUAAACGUGAAUGGGGAAAUGGUAUCUCACAUCGUUGUACCUAUUACAGGAGAUGGUGCCUGUUUAUUUAAUUCGCUCUCCUAUCUUAUGUACGGAACUGAGCAAAUGGCCAGAGAAAUACGCAAGGUUAUUGUGAGCCACGUAACAAAAAAUUGGACGGAGUUUUCUAUCAUGUCUCACGACAACAAUGGGGACAACUAUAUGAGUUCCGCUGAGUAUUUUGCUGACAUGUCUCAAUUAUAUACUUAUGGUGGUUUAUGUGAAUUGGUGGCCGCUGGACAAUUGUUCCACUACGUUUUUGAAGUUUACCACAAUUAUCAGCUCUAUGAGCGUUUUGGUAUUGAAGGUUACCCUGUGUUGAGGAUGCGUUUUACGCAAAAUCUCUCUAGGGGCCAUUUUGAUGUCUACCUGCCUAAUGAGUCAGAAAUAUUGAUCCCACAGAUAGACUCUUGGUUGUUAUACUCUCACUGUUGCGAAAUCUCCACCCACCCAAACUCUGCAAUGGUACUCGACUGUGCGUGA